CGCCUUAACCAGGGGCUCGCCGCUAAGAGAAACACGGCUCUCGCGCCGCUUGUCGCCUGACCCUUAGCGGGCCCCGCCUGAAGGAGAACGCACGCGAAGUCGGCCGCCAUUUUGCUCCCUGGACGGACGAUGAGCCGCAAUUUUUGCCCCGUCGCCUUUUCCUUUUGGGCUUUGCUUGUGCUGUUCAGGGAAGCCGCGCCCAAAGCCCUGCCCCCCCUGAAUCUUUCCGACGUCUGUGGAACAAGGCCUCUUAUGAAAAACACAGCGGCAGGAACUCGCAUUGUAGGUGGACAUGAUGCUAUGCUAGGAGCAUGGCCUUGGCAAGUUAGUCUUCAAGUUUAUGCAAUUGGUCUAGGAUAUGUCCAUAUAUGUGGUGGAUCUUUAAUUAAUAAAAUCAUAGUGUUGACAGCAGCACACUGCAUUAAAACAUCAGAGAACCCAGCCAUUUGGAGGGCUGUAAUUGGCUUGCAUAAUCUUAAUGAAGACAACUCUCAUACAAUAAAACGUCGGAUUAAAGCUAUCAAUAUACAUCCUAAUUAUGUGGCAGACACAUAUGACAAUGACAUUGCCUUGAUAAUACUAGUCAGAUCUAUCAGAUUCAAUGACUAUGUUCACCCGAUCUGCUUACCUGCCACAAAUCUUUUGAAAAAUCAACAGUAUCCCUGUUACAUAUCUGGAUGGGGUAAAACAAAGGAAAAAGGUGAAAGCAACUUAAUAUUACAAGAAGCUCAAGUAGAUAUUAUUCCACAGAAAAUAUGUAAUAAACUCAGCUGGUAUGGUGGAACAAUUACAUUGAAUAUGGUCUGUGCUGGCUUUCCAGCUGGAGGUGUUGAUAGUUGCCAGGCCAGGGGUCUUCAACCUUAAAUACUGAAAGAACCAUUUGGACCCGUUUCCCACAGAAAAGAAAACAACUGGGAGCCACAAAACCUGGGUGGGUGUGGCCAACUCGAUGUCACUCACUUCCACCAGUCACAUGCCCCCCCUAGCCAUGCCUACCCUGCUGGUCAUUAGGGCAGAGAAUCAGUUGUUAAAAAACACCAGGAACCACAAAAUCCUUUUGACAUAUCUCUCUCCCUUUCCUCCCUCUCUCUCCCUCUUUCUAUGUCUCUCUCUCUCUCUCCCCCUCUCUCUCUGUAUCUCUCUGUCUCUGCCCUGGCCGCUUCUCCAUCCCCCGCCAUCGCCCUUACCUUCUCAGGCCAGGUGAGGAGUGACUGGAAGGGGAGGGCGAAGGGCAGGGCCAGCCAAUCAGUGGUGGGUUGCCCCCCGGUUUGCACCGGUUCUAUAGAACUGGUAGUAAAACCAGUGGGAGGCUCCGCCCAUCGACCCCAACAUCAGAACGCUUCUGUGCAUGCGCAGAAGAGUGUGCGUGUGAGUGAAACGAGCACACGCGUGCGGCCCCAUUGCAAACCAGUAGUAAAGGUAAGUAGAACUCACCGCUGCAGCCAAUGGUGGGAUCACCUGACAGGGAGCCACUGCAGAGAGCCCAAAGAGCCGCAUGCGGCUCUGGAGCCGCAGGUUGCUGACCCCUGGUCUAGACUCUUGAUUUGAAGCAGAUUUUCUGAAAUUUUCUCAAAGAGUUUUCUGAAAUUUUCUCAAAGAGUUCAGAUCAGUUUCAGAAGAGAAACAGAUCUUGCCCUCAUGCUUGCAAUUUAAAAAAUAUACAAAUAAGGGAAGAUGAGGCAGAUGAUUAAUUCAAAGUGGAAAGAAUAUGCUAGUGUUCAUACUAUAUAUAGCUUAGGAAGACCAGACUUUUGUUUUUGGAGUUCUUCAUUGAAUAAUUGUGAUACUUACUUCCUGAUUGCUUAUUUGUACUCUAUGACUAUCGUCAAGUGUUGUGCCUUAUGAUUCUUGAUGACUGUAUCUUGUCUUUUUAUGUACACUGAGAACAUAUGCACCAAAGACAAAUUCCUUGUAUGUCCAAUCACACUUGGCCAAUAAAGAAUUCUGUUCUGUUC